AAUGACGCUACAUUCUUAUUGCCAAAAAAUCGCACUAUAGAAUAAUUAUCAGCUUUUGUAAAAUGUCUUGCAAAAAUAAUAUUAUAAUAUUAUAGAAUAUUACAAUCUUGCGUGGACGCAAGCUUUUAUAACAUAUAAUUACGUUCAGAGAUAAAUAUCUGAAAAAUAUUAUUACGCAGAAGCGAAUGUUAUGCGCUAAAUAUUAAUAAUAAAAUGCAUUAAUUAUCAGCGUAACUGUGUGAAAGUGCAACCGUAGGUCUCGCGUGUUGUCUUCUACCAGCUUUUAUGAUAAUGAAUAAAUGAAAAUAGCAAGAAACGAAAAACUUCGAGUCCGCGCGGCGAGGCCGACCGUGGCCGAUCGCUAUUGUUCUUUACGCUUUGAAGAAAGGCACAGCGGGCGCGUGUUGCCAUUAGAAAUUGAUUUCCAGUUGCUAGGAUACAGGUGGCCGGCUCGAAAGCGCCAGCACCGGCGAACAGCACGCCUGCUUACCUGGCGGUCAGUCGGCUGCAAGUUGCGCGGCGUAAGGUGCAAGCAUGGGCCUGCCGGAUAUAGAGACCAUACCCGAGACUGGGGCGGUGUUCACGAUCGGUCGUAGCAGAUUUGCGGACAACAUUGCAUCACAUUUUUUCAUUCGUAAGGAUCCGGUCACCGUCAUUGAAUGCGGGGAUGAACACUCCGCUGUAGUUUGUCAAACUGGCAGACUCUUUGUUUUCGGCAGUAACGAUUGGGGUCAACUGGGUCUGGGUCACAAAAACCAUAUCAGCAAACCAUCGUGUGUAAAAAUUUUGAAACCAGAAAAAGUCACACAUGUGGCGUGUGGAAGAGCGCAUACUUUAAUAUGUACAGAAGCCCAGAAAAUCUUUGCUUGUGGCAGCAAUCAAGAAGGUCAACUAGGUCGGGAAAGUUCCGUGAUAGGUGACAACUCCAGUUCUCCAAUCUUAGUCUAUGAUUGUGGACUCGCUGGACCCCGAAUCGUUCAGAUUGCAGCUGGAUCACAUCACUCAAUGGUUCUGACGAGUGACGGAGGAGUUGUCGUCUGGGGAAGCAAUCUGGAGGGACAGUUAGGGCUAUCGGGAAUUUCAGGUUUGGUUUACGAGCCCACGAAGGUUCCCAUUCCUGAACCUGUAAAGGAAAUCAGCGCGGGAUAUUAUCAUUCAGUCUUCUUGACUGAAAGCGGUCUCGUUUAUGUCUGCGGCGAGUCGGAAAGUGGUAAACUCGGGAUCAACAGCAACUUUUCGUCGCAGGUCGCACCGAAACAGAUGCAAUUGCCGGCACCGGCACUUCAUGUCGCAUGUGGUGGUCAUCAUACACUCAUAUUAGCAGAAAAUGGCAAUAUUUAUUGCUCCGGCAGUAACGCCAGUGGACAACUUGGUAUGGGCACUAAUGUCAACGAAGUACAUACGCCAAAACUUCUUCCGCGCGGAGCUGUUCAAGACGAAAAAAUCGUCAAGAUCGCUUGCGGUGAAAGUCACAGCGCUAUACUUACUGAGUCCGGCAAACUUUUCACUUGCGGCGAUGGACGACAUGGAAAGUUGGGUCUGGAAGAAAACGAAAAUAAUGUUCACGAAAUAACAUUUGCUGCCAAAUAUCAGGAGCUUUUUGUUUCAAAUGUUGCUUGUGGAGGAUGUCAUACGAUAUUAGUUGGCCGAAGACAUGAGAUAGAUUAUCAGACGCAGCGACAGUCGGAUUCCAUGGAGAAAAAAAGUUCUCUACCUCCUUUAAAGCUUCCUAUAAAUAUACAGAAUGAACAUCGAGCAGGCAAUUCGGAGAAAUUGACAAAGGAAAAAGAUGAUUCAUGUCAUCCUGAUAAAAGCGAGACAUCCAAUAACAAUGAUACUCGAACGAAGCCCACGGAAAAUUCGCCAAAGGAAAACAAUGAUACUCGAACGAAGCCCACGGAAAAUUCGCCAAAGGAAAAUACAGAUAAUGUUAAUAAUAAAGAAAUAUCAUCUUCAGUAAAUGACGAAAAAAUCGAGAGUUCAUUUUCAGAAAUUAUGUCAUCAGAAAGUUCGCAAGAAAAGGAUCAAAUUGACGAAAGUCAUGAUAAUAGGAAUACUGAAAGCAAUGAAAAUAAAGAUAUUAAUGAGAACAGUGAAAAUCAAGAAAAUAAUAAAAAUACCGAGAUGGCAGCAUCACAAGAUGUUGAGGAAUCGUAUACAGAAACAGGAAUUUCGAGGACGGAGGAGCAAGAAGAAGAGAAAACGACAAAUUCUGUACCGCCUCCGAAACCACCGAGAUUAAAAUCUGAAAGUGUUGAAGACAAUGCGAGUAAUGAAAAAGAAUCUUCAAAGGCGAACGAAGAGGAUGAAAAAGAAAAAGAUGAUGAAGAAGUUAAAAUUAGCAACGAACAAAAUUCAAGUACGGCUGGAAAAUUUAAAACGACUGGGAAAUCAAUAUCAGCUUUUUCGAGGAAAACUGUGGAAGCUAUCGAGGACUCAAUAGAAAGAGUCGAAGAGGAUAUACAUACUGAAGAACCAGAAAAAGUGGAAAUAGAUGGUACACAGGACGACGCUGAUGUCGUACAAUCUCCGCCGCCGCGAACAGCUAAAAGGGGAAAACUGUUCAAAGGAAAACGACAAGAAAUACAGAAUGGAACUAAGAAAACGAACAAUGCAGCAAAUCCAAAAGCUAAGUCGAAAACGUGCAUAAUCCUAUGAUCGAGGAAACUUCAAAGAAACAUUAUAAUUUAUUAUAUUUUUAUAAAAUAUUUACAAGAUACAUUCAUUGACAGAACCAACAUCUUGUGAAAAUUUUAAAUAAUUGAUAUCAAAAAUAAGUCUUUAUCAUCCAUGGAUUUACAUAAAAUUAGCAUUUUUAACAUUUUGCAUAGUCCUACCUCUCAUUUAUUAUCAUCAGUGACGAAGAAUUAAAAAAAAAAACUAUUAAUAAUGUUCUUAUUCAACAUUGUAAAUAUAAGUCACGCGCGAAAAGAUUCUUAUAGGCAAAAAAUCCAUAAAUUACCAUAUCAUAGCAUAGCAUAUAAAAAAAUAGUUGAAUGUGAAAAAAUGUACAGUAAUGGAUAAACGUAUUUUAUUAAAGUCCAAUUACAAAAUUCCGUUUGCGAGCAAUAACAAGCUUAUCUUAUAGUGUUUUCUUCUCUGAAUAGAUUACAAGUAUUCAAAUGUGAUACGUAGUUGCAUUAUGUCCUCGAUGUAUCACUCAUUUGAUUAAUCGUCCGACAGUAUUUAACUUAUAACGCACCGACGGUAAUUAACAUUAACUGCAAUUAUCUAAAUUUGCCUUUUCAAUAUUGUUCUAUAACUAGAGCUGCGCUCUCCCGACCGUCUAACCGAAAUUAGCUUCAGACACAGAUACAUGUAGCGCUAAAGUUGUCGGUGCAACUGACCUUACUUCUAAUCGUCGUGGUUUCAUCAUACGUUGGCGGCGAUACUCAAAGUAUAACAUACGAUCACUAAUAUUGCACUAGAUAUUAUGGCCGAGUACGAGUUGGACACCUUGAGAAGAAGCAUCAUCUUACGUAGCUCAAUCGCUACGAGUGAAAGUUUCGUCCAUUCACAAUAAUUGCCAAUGUAGCUUCUCCCCUUGUUGCUCUCUAUUUAUGUGCAUAUUGCGUAUUAUACAUAUAUAAAUAAGGACGGAAUCACAGACACAAUAACAUAUUUAACAUGAUCUUGGGAUCUUUUGCGAUACUAAAAAUUAUCAGGCGAUUCCUGAUUAUAACACAUACAUCCAUGAACGCCCAUCAAAUCCCAAAAGUUUUUUCUUCCAUAAUUAAUAAAGAAGAACACUACUGUAUUACACACUUCAUUAUAGCUAUAAAGUAUUAUAAUAAUGUAAGUUACUUUCACACAUUGUGAAAGAUCAUGGAUAUAUAUCAUCUUUGGCGAAUUUGAAUUCCAUUAAAUAAUAAAACUUUCCGCGGGUUUCAGUUGAAUAAAUCCGUGUAAAAUAAAAGAAAAUCUUUUACAUACGAAAUACAAACCAAUAUUGGCUUGCACAUAUUUCGUAAUUAAUUAAUUAACCCUCUUGACCAUCAAAAGCAAAACUUUGGUGUACACAGUCAAAUAAAACAUUUAUAUUACACCAUGCCGUAUCAUACUGCGCAGAUGUUUCACCCAAUAUAUUUUACAAUAAUUUAUUAUAUACCAAUUAAUGACGCCUAGCUUUCAUUUUUUAUUCAAUUUUUAAAUAAGAUAAAUUAGUCAUCAUAAAUUAGAUAAAAAUUUUAUUAUAUGUACAUGCGUAUUUCUUGCAUAAUUUUUUUUUCAAGAAAUUUAAAUGUAUUAACAUUUUUAAUACUUGGAAUAUGCUUAUGAUUGACUCCAAUUAAAAUGACAUGUGGCUUGAAAUAUUUGGAAAAAAAAAACAUUUGGUAUAUUAAAACAUUUAAUACUGAAGUUUUCUCAAUCUUUCUAAUCAUAAUCUAGGAAAAAUUAACAUACGUAGUUUUUAUUUGAAAUUGUAAAACCGAAUAAACCAUAAAUAUGUAAAUGAAGCGUUCGUUAUUCAUACAUUUAUAACAUUUCAGUAUCAUUUUAACUGUAUUAAAAAAGUUGUAUAUAUGAGAGUUCUUAAUACAUACUUGAUUAAUAA